AGAUUACAGGAUUAAUUGUACCAAACCCUGCACUUAAGAUCUGUAUUUGAACGGUUGAUAAGAACAACCAAUCAGUACUAUCUGUGCCAUUCACUCAGCUUGGACCCGGAAGUACCGCAACAAAGAACGUGCGUACUGUGCGUGGAAUAAGAGCAGAGAAACUCACUACCCCAUUAUACCAUGGGGUCGGACUACAAGAUCAUCAGGGAGCUGGGGAAGGGGGCGUUUGGAACAGUUUACCUCAUCAAACACAAAACAGCACAGGAAUGGUUCGCCCUGAAAACUGUGGAUUUGUCAAAUGCCAACUCCGAAGAGAGAGCCAGUGCCGAGAAGGAGGCCAAUCUGAUGCGAGAGUUGGACCAUGAUCACGUGGUGCGUUACGUGGCCUCGACCUUCAACGGGUCCACCCUCUUCAUCUUCACGGAGUACUGCGAGGGCGGGGAUCUGUCCCACUUCCUUGAAGACUCUAGCGGGAAACUGCCGGAAGACUUGAUCGUGUGUUGGGUGUAUCAGACGGCUUUAGCAUUAGAGUAUCUGCAUCGGAUGGACAUCCUGCACAGGGACCUGAAACCCCAGAACAUCUACCUGACUGGGGAGGGGGACGUUAAACUGGGGGACCUUGGUAUUGCAAGGAUUCUGGCUAAUGGGAUGGGCAUGGCAACAACAAUGGCAGGAACCCCCUUCUACAUGAGUCCCGAGAUAUUCGAGAUGAAAGGAUACGACCACAAGACCGACAUCUGGAGUUUCGGCUGUGUGGUGUACGAAAUGGCGACAAGGGAACAUGCCUUCGACGCCACGAAUAUGCCAUGCCUCAUCUAUACAAUUGUCGCUGGGAAAGUUCCUGCGAUACAUGCAUCUUACAGUGGUGGGCUGCGCCAACUAGUGAAGUCGAUGAUGGACAAGGACCCGGAUGAACGACCAGGUGCUGAAGAACUGCUAAACCACAGCCCGAUCAAGGAGUUUGGUGACAACCUUGAAAGGCCCAGGACAAUUAUGAAGAAAUUUAAGUUCAGGACCAAGUGGGGAACAGGUGAGUCAACUGUAGAUGUCUCCAAGAUGUUCCAGGCAGUGGAGCUGAACACUUCCCCGUCCUUCAGAGAACAGGAUAUAUGUAUUCCUAUAGACUCUCUCGUGCUGCAAAGGAAGAGGUUGGGUCGGCCUCCACCCUCGGAUCUAUACGAAACCAUCAAAGCGAACAGACACAUGCCUAGGAUGAAGACUGAGGAGACAGUCGAUCUGAACCCGAGUCCAGGUCAUGCGGCCGUUACGCAGGCAGUGAUGCUGGGUUUGAUGGGCAAAAUGGCACAGUCUCCCGAUACCACACUCAACGCUGCAACCAUCUUGCCGGCUUCGGACAGGGACCGUACAGGGGGCAUGGGGACAUCAACCAGGAAAGACAUAGUAACCCAUGUCAUGUUGAGCCAGAUACAGCGUUUACAGAAAGACUGUGCCCAAGGACUGGGAGAGGACAAACUGAAAGAGGCGUACUCUAUCCUGGAUUCGGUUCCAGAUGCUGGGAAACUGAAAGCACAUCUCGUUGGGUUGAUCGGGGAGGAUAGGUAUCGGGAAUAUGGCGAGAAGAUCAUGUACUUGCGUCUGUUCGAAAAGGGAUCAAAGAAGAUUGGAUGAUCAGAAGGGACAAUAACUCCCAACUGAUAACAGGAUUCCAUGUCUACUGAUAUCUACGGAAGAACAAUGUGGAAGAAUAAAAUACAACUUACUGCAAAAGGCCAUCAAGAAUGUGUCUGAUUCUAAAUUCGGUAUUAGUCAGCUUGGGCUGAUGAACCUAAAGUAAACACUUCUGGGACUUCCGGUCGAAGCAUCUGCACCUUCGUGGUCAACAUGUAUCUCAAUCAUGCAUUACCUAUCACAAUGAAGGUCAUACACAACGCAUCAAAAUCAUUAAUGGCUGCGUGGAACAUUGUAUGUAUCGUAUCUUACCUUAGACAUCCAACUGUUUCAAAUUCGACUUGUGGGUCUGUGCAGAUGAUUUCCACUUGAAGGUUCUCCCCCACGGCUACGUGGAUGUCAUAUUUCAAUGCAAAUGUAAUUAAUGUAUGAAUGCAUCAAGUUCCUUUUUAUCGGUUUCUUUGUUGAUUUUUUCGCUCAAAACUAGAAUUCGUUGAUCGAGAAUAUGUGAGAAAAAAAACACCUUCAAAUAUAUUUUGUCUUUUGUGUAAACAUGUAUUACAAAAUACAAUAAUAAUUACAAUUCAAUGUCAUGAUAACCAAAGAUCCUGAAUAAUUAUUUAAACAUGUCGUGGUGAGUUUAAUAUCUUGUGUCGGGAAAACAAUAUGUGAUAUAUUUUAUUUAAGAAUUGACUGGAUAUUUUUCGGUUCAUUAAUGUAUGAAUCGGAAAACAAAUGUGAAAACAUUUGUAUAGAUUCCGCUUUUGUAAAAAUCAAUCUUUAAAAUAAAAUUCGACAACGAAAA